UCCUCAUUGGGAUGUUUUGUGUUGCUCUGGUGAACAUCUCUGAGCGUUUCUUCCUGUGGUUUUGUCUUCCCGUGGAUUACUCUUGGACUGUUUAUUCUCUUCUUGAUUCUUUGCUGUCUGUCCUGGACUGUUUGCUAUUGUGGACUGAUUUAUAUUGGGAAAAACAGUGAUCACAGUUCACACCUGCAGUGAAGCCCCUCCAACAACAAUUCACCAAUAAAUACUGGGAAUAUUCCCAUCAUCCUACAAGAGAAGGACAAACCCCAGGAGUAGCAGCUGAAAUAUGUGUGACUGUUAAAGAUGGAGUUUAUUAAAGAAGAGAUUGAAGACAUGAGUGAUCCAGAACCAUCCAGAAUAAAACAUGAAGAUACUGAGGAACAAACAGACCAGAUGAGAGUGAAAGAGCAAAGACAAGAACUGAAUGAAGAGGAACAUCAUAACUUUACAAUUCAACAAACAAAAGCCAAAAAGACGCACACCUGCACUCAGUGUGGAAGGAGUUUCACACAGAAAGUACACCUUAAAACACACAUGAGAAUUCACACUGGAGAGAAACCGUACUCAUGCACUCAGUGUGGAAGGAGUUUUUCAAGGUUGGGCUGUUUUAACCUGCACCAGAAAAUACACAAUGGAGUGAGAGAUUAUAUGUGCUUUGACUGUGGGAAGAGAUUUACUACAUCUGGUGAUCUGAUACUGCAUCAAAGAAUUCAUACUGGAGAAAAACCUUACAAGUGCUCAUAUUGUGACAAGAGUUUCCCUCAGGCUGGACACCUGAAAUCACACGAGCGAGUUCACACUGGAGAGAAGCCGUACUACUGUACUCAGUGUGGAAAGAGUUUCACCCAGUCAAGUAAUCUAGGGAAACAUAUUAGAAAGCAUUGUUCUGUGUCACAGUGAGCAAAUAAUUUGUUAGAUUCACAAAGAAAAUGUGUUGUUAGUUAACUAAUGAACUAUUGCUGCGAAAUGGCUCAAGAUUUGUGUUUCAUAUGUUGGAGAACAAGAAUACUAUUGAAAAUUAUUUAAAUUAAACGCUUGCUCAAAAAAAAAA